AUGGCGAAACCUUCUCCUUUACCACCGCCGAUGGCGACUACGAAUACAAAUACGACUACCACUACCACGAAUACUAUUAAUACUAACAAUAUGAUGUCGGAAAAAGAGCGCGUGUUGAUGCGAUAUUUGCUCGAACAACCCUCGUUCGGGAGAGACGGACACGUCCCUCCGGACGUCUUGUUUCAACCACCACCGUUCGUGUUGGGAACGGAGGAGGAGCAACGUAACAAUCAUCAACCUCACGCGAACGAACACUACGACGUAAAGGAUACCACGAAUACCAACACGAAUAAGAAUUACGAGUCUUCGUCCUCGAAUCAAAAAUCCUCUUUAAGCUUACGCUUGAGCGGAGAAACCGUCUCCGGGGAGUGUCUCUCAGUCUCUGGAGGCGCUGGAUCGUGUCAGUACCAGUGGCAAAGAGUCGCUCCGCGAGGCGCGAUUGAGAGCAUAGUUGGCGCGGUUGGACCGAGCUACGUGACGAACGAACAAGAUAUCGGGAGUCACAUUCGGGUGAUCGUGAGAAUGCUCAGGGUGAGUCAGGAUGGGAAGAGUUCUUCGAAUAGGAGGCCUUUGAUCGCGCACGCGACGACGGACGCGACGGUGGUCGCCGCGGUGAGCUCGAAACAUCCCGACGACGAUAGAUUGGAUAGUUUGAUAGAAGGGAGAGCGAUAACGCCGGGGUUUUUGGGGAGCGAAGAGACGAGAGGGACGAGUACGCCGAGAGGUCACAGCGCGGAAGGGACGAACACGCACAGUUCGGAGAAGAACGAAAACGAGAAUAACAACAACGCGGGGGAGAAGGCGAGCAGAGAGGUGUCGAGGGAAGAUACCGCCGCGGCAAGAAGUCCUCCGUCGCCGAGUUACAACAACAUUACCGCGAGUAAUAGCGUGAUUAAUGGAAGCGCGGUUGGAAAGAACGUCGCGCAUAGCGCUUUACUUAAUAAUAUGUUGAUUAAAAGCGGCGCCGAGGCGGCCAACGCGAAUAUCAACAACAACAGCCCGGACGCGCUCAGUCCAAACUUGUCGAGCAGUAAUUUGAACAACUACUCCUCCGGUGGGGAUGAUAGUAUUCACAGGAGACGAAGAAAGGAGAUUUUACUGGUCGAUCGCGCGGACUCGUUGAUGCAUGGACCUGGAUCAGAUUCGAGAUUGGCGUUUAUCCGCGGGAAAGAGCUCGAAGCGAAAGCGAGCGAGGUAUUUCGAAAAGUCUCAGACGCUGAAAGUAUUAAACGUACGAAAAAGCUCCUCGACGGCGACGGUGAGGAUGAGGAGCAUCGUAAGAAGAAAGAAAACGACAGUCGCAGUUACUCCGAGUGGGAUUCCGAGGAUAAUAAAUCUGAAAACAGCGACGAAAGUGAUGUCGAUUUCAGCGAAGAAGAUGAAUUCGAUCGAGACGACAACGACGACGACGACAUCGCCAACGACGCCUCCGCCGCCGCUGCUGCUGGCGUGAAUAGCGACAAUGGUGAAGAUUCAAGCAUCGGGAGUUUGCGAGGCGACGCGAGGAAAGCCGAACGCAUCGCCAGGAGAGCGAAGGAGGCGUACGAAGAAGCGGCGAUGAAAGGAUAUCCAGAAGCGAUGCAAACGCUGGGUAGAUGCUUCGAAAGUGGCUUUGGGACGAGGAAAGAUAUUUGUAAAGCGGUGGAAUGGUACGAAAAAGCCGAGAAACUCGGCUGCGACGAAGCCGCGUGCGAUUUGGGAUGUAUAUAUUACCUUGGUCGUUUCCCGAGAGAUGAACUCAAAAAACGAAACCAAUCGGCGCAUUUGACCGAUUCGUCCGUUUCCGAGAUUUCGAGCAACGGAGGGGAUGAUUUUCAAAACCAACUCGCCGAAGAUAGAAAAAAAGCGUUCUCGCUGUUUCAACACGCCGCCGCGAACGGGUCCGGGCCAGGCGCAAACAACGUCGCCAUGUGUUACGAGGAAGGCCAAGGCGGCGUUGAGCGCAACUGGCGCGAAGCCGCCAGAUGGUACGCGAUUGCGGCGAGAAGAGGUGUCUUGUCCGCCCACGCGAGUUUAGGCUACGCGCUUUUAACGCUCGGGAAUAGGGUAAGCGCCAAGGAGGCGUUUGAAACUGGCACGCAACACGGAGCACCAGAAUGUGCGGAUGGUUUGCGUUUGAUUCGUGAAGCCGAGAAACACGCGGCGAAUAGUCGGAAACAUCUUCGCAACGGCGCAAACAACGAAAUGGCCACGAAAUACUCAAUCAAGAGCGCUUCAGGGAACGGAUCAGGGAGCGUCUCUUCUUUGGAAAUAGUCGAACAGCUUGAGAAAGAGCUGGAAAAAUACCACGAACUCAGUCGACGAUUAUACAACGCCGCGAGUUUACACCCGGAAUCUUUAGAAGAAGCGAACGCGGUUCUCAUCAACGCGCUUCCGGAUAUGAAUGUCAGUCGAGGAUUAUGA